AUGAUCUGCAGCCACGCUAUCUCAGCCGAACCUACACAUUGUCGGUUAGCUUCGCUUCAAAGUGAAGCCCCGCCACUGAACAAACCGCUGCGUGACUGUGCGGUUGACGUGCUGAGCACCAUGAUGGGCCUUGCAGCCUUGGCGCUGAUGGUCGCCGCGGCGUCGUCUGCGGAGUGUGUCGAACAAGAGGUGUCGACGCUGAUGCAGCGGAAGGUCGAGCAGUUGAAGAAGGAGCCCUCGCCCGAGUCCAUCCGGAAGUGGCUCAAGGCCAGCACCGUGGUCCCAGGACACGUCCGACCGAGCUCAGCUCAGUUCUUCCAGAGGGAGAAGCAAAGAGUGCAGACGUCUCCGCACGGUGAGAGCGAGGAUGUGGAGGAUGUGGAGCCGGUGCUUGAGGUCGAUGAAGCGCUGCGGGCAGACCCGAACUUGGAGGAUGAGGAGCAGCCUGACCUACUAGAGGACCCCGCCGAGACUGAAGAAGAGGAGGAGCCCAUGGAGUUGGCCGAGGCGGAUCCCACGCUUUCCGAGGAGGCUGCGGAGGAUUUCGCGGUCGAUUCGGAUGAGGAUGACGAUGAGUAG